CGGUGGACAUCGACCCACCACUUUCAGCUUAAUUAUUUUGCUCACUUUUCAAGGCACCCCAUUUCUUUCAGCUACCUCCUACGGACCACUAUACAUUCCCCGUUCCGUUUCAGACCAGUUAUCCCUUUCAUUUGCCACCGACCGCCGUUCCCACUUUCUUGUCGCUUUGUUUUUCUCUAGACUUUAAAACCCUCCCUUCUUCCAUUCUCAACCAGUAGUCAUUUUUCUAACUAUUCACUCCUCGCCUUAUCUCUUUUACUCCUCUUGUGGAUCUCUCUCCAAUGGCCAAGAUCAAGAUUGGAAUCAAUGGAUUUGGAAGGAUUGGGAGAUUGGUUGCAAGGGUUGCUCUCCAGAGAAAUGAUGUUGAACUUGUUGCUGUUAACGACCCUUUUAUCACCACUGAUUACAUGACCUACAUGUUCAAGUACGACAGUGUUCAUGGCCAAUGGAAGCAUCAAGACGUGAAGGUUAAGGACUCUAAGACUCUUCUCUUUGGUGAGCAGGCUGUUACAGUUUUUGGUAUCAGGAAUCCAGAGGAGAUCCCAUGGGGUGAGACUGGAGCUGAAUAUAUUGUAGAGUCCACUGGUGUUUUCACUGACAAAGACAAGGCUGCUGCCCAUUUGAAGGGUGGUGCAAAGAAAGUUAUUAUCUCAGCUCCCAGCAAAGACGCUCCCAUGUUUGUUGUGGGAGUCAAUGAGAAGGAAUACAAACCAGAUCUUGAUGUUAUAUCUAAUGCUAGCUGCACUACCAACUGUCUUGCUCCACUUGCAAAGGUCAUUCACGAUAGAUUUGGCAUUGUUGAGGGCCUGAUGACCACUGUUCACUCAAUGACCGCCACCCAAAAGACUGUUGAUGGACCAUCUAUGAAAGACUGGAGAGGUGGAAGAGCUGCUUCAUUCAACAUCAUCCCUAGCAGUACUGGAGCUGCUAAGGCUGUUGGCAAAGUGCUGCCUGCUUUGAAUGGAAAACUUACCGGGAUGGCUUUCCGUGUCCCUACAGUUGAUGUUUCAGUUGUUGAUCUAACAGUGAGGUUGGAGAAGCCAGCGUCGUAUGAAGAUAUUAAAGCUGCCAUCAAGGAGGAGUCUGAGGGGAACUUGAAAGGAAUUUUGGGUUACACCGAAGAUGAGGUGGUGUCCACUGAUUUUUUGGGUGAUAACAGGUCAAGUAUUUUCGAUGCCAAGGCCGGGAUUGCGCUGAACAAAAACUACGUGAAGCUCAUCUCGUGGUACGACAACGAGUUAGGCUACAGGUACGACACAGAGCCUUGCAUUUCCAAAUUAAUCCUGGUAGAAAGGGGGUUGACGAGGCUUCAUUUCUGAUCCCAUUAUGUUUUGGUUUUGCAGUACUCGUGUUAUUGAUUUGAUUGUUCACAUCGCUUCUGUCCAGUAAGAUGAGGAUGAGAUGGCCUUCCAUAUCCUAUAUUAGCGGUUUUAUUUUUCAGCAGUUUGUCUGAGGCUCUAUCGAUGAGUGAGUUGAGAAAAUAAAAAACAGAGUUUUCAAAAAGCUCUUUUUACUCUUUUGAACUUCCCAUUUUGUUAUGAAAAGCUCUGUUGCUUUUCCAACGUGACUCUUCAAUUUUCACUGCAUCUUCUGUUUUGUACUGUUCUUCCUCAAUGAAGAAGGUAUCUAUGUUAAAACA